GGGUUAAUUUUCAUCGACCGACUGCCUGCUUGUCUAAAUACACGCGUUUAAGACGGGAGUUGAGGACGUGGUUCACACGUAGUGAUGUUUUUCCAGGACGGGGACAACGAAGCGAUUCAUUUAAAAAAUCUGAGGAAAGUUGGCUGCUCGGAAAUCUGAAUGCCGCUGUCCUGUUUGAAGCUGAUUACACGACCUUUUUUGCAAGCAUCCUCAUUGAUUUUUCAGCCUUUGCGUUUCAUCAUGGAUCUGAAAGACCUUGUUACUUCCUUAAACGAUUUUGCUUCGCUUUCCCUGGCUGAAAGUUGGGAUAAUGUGGGGCUCUUGGUUGAGCCAAGUCCUCCUCAUAUUGUCAAUACCCUUUUUCUAACCAAUGAUUUAACUGAGGAUGUGAUGCAGGAAGCCCUAGAGAAGAAAGCAAACCUCAUUCUUUCUUAUCAUCCACCCAUUUUCCACCCACUGAAACGUAUAACAUGGAAAACAUGGAAGGAGCGCCUGGUAAUCCGAGCCUUGGAAAAUAGAGUUGGCAUUUAUUCUCCUCACACAACAUAUGAUGCUAUACCUAAUGGAGUCAAUGACUGGCUUGCUACAGGACUGGGCGCUUGCACGUCUGUUCCUCUGAAACCAGCUACAGCUUCCACUUACCCUGUAGGUGGGCCUUUCCGGAUUGAAUUCAGUGUAGCCUCUGCUGAAAGACUGGAAACGGUUUUAUCCCAAGUCCACACAAUACCAGAGGUGUCACUCAUCACAACUCAACCUGCCAGGAUUGAAGGAGAAGAACAAACACGUGUCAGCCUGAACUGUUCUCAGCUAGCUUUGUUGCAAGUAGUGGCCUUGCUUUCCCAGAAGAGCCUGCUAUAUCAAACGACUGAAAUCAUAUCACUAGAGAAGCCUCUGCUUGCCAAUACUGGAAUGGGACGUUUAUGCACAUUGCACGAACCGGCCUCCGUUUCUCUCUUGAUUGAACAAUUGAAAAGUCACUUAAAAUUGUCUCAUAUUCGUCUAGCACUUGGAGCAGGGAAAUCACUGGAGUCCUCAGUGAAGGUGGUUGCUCUUUGUGCUGGUUCAGGAGCAAGUAUUUUACAAGACACAGAAAGUGAUCUCUAUGUUACUGGAGAGAUGUCCCACCAUGAGGUACUUGGUGCUGUUUCCAGAGGAAUCUCUGUGAUUUUGUGUGAGCACAGUAACACUGAACGAGGCUUUCUGUUAAAACUGCAACAAAUGCUGGCUGUGCAUUUUAUGAAUAAGAUCAAUAUCAUCAUUUCUGAAAGAGAUAGAGACCCCCUUCAAGUCGUGUAAAAGAAGCAAAUGUUGAGAAAUAAUGAUGAAGUCCACCUGGUCCUGGGGACUACGAAAGGUACCCAUGUGAUUCAAUACCUCUUCUGUUAUAGAAUUCAAAAUCUGGCACAGAAAAAUGGUAGGCCAUCAUCUUCUUUUAACAUUUUGCUUUUAAAGAUUGUUAGGAGAAUUACAUCUGAACUGAAAACAAACUUUUGACCAUUAUAUCUACUUGAAUAAAUUAUAACAUUCCUGUACAGAAAGUGAAAUUAUUGUAGAAACUCUCACAAAAUGUAGAGAUACUUUUCAUAUAAAAAGGCAUAAUAAGCAAAAGAAGAUUUCAUAGACUGCAGCUUUUAUGAGAGCCCUUUUGGGGUUCUGGGAAGAAGGUCCUAGCAAAACUACAACCAAAAUGUUGUUAAGAAAAAUGCAGGGACUUGUCAAGAGUCAGGGCUGACUCCAUGGACAAUAAAAACAAGUAGUUCCUGUCCCAAAGUUACUUUUCCAAAAGGCAGUUGGACUUUCUUGGCUUUUUCCUUGAAAAUAUUUUGCUUCUCAUCCAAGAAGAUCCUUUAAUUCUGAAGGAACAUUUUCAAAGAAAAAAACCAACAAAGUCCAGUUGCCUUUUGGAAAAGCACCUGUGGGAUAAACAUGACCUGAAUGAUUGAGAACCUCCGUAGCCAAGUAAUUCCUAUGUUUCAAAUUAAUCCAAUUUGCUCCUAAUAUCUCACUUUUCCUUGCAAGUGGAAUCUAUAAGUAAAAAAGUUGCACUCUAAGUCCAUAAUGCAGUUUGGCUAACUAUAUUCUCACAAUAUUCUAAGCCAUGAUUUAACUAUGGUUUACAAAACGAACCAAAAAUGGCUGGAUCACAAACAUUCUAAAUUACAAACAGCAAAAUGUAAUUUAGCUGGGCUGGUCAAACGCAGCCAUUAUAUUCUAGGAUUAAGUGCAGAAAAGAUAAGCAAUUUGAGAAAUGUACAGUUAGUCUUCAUUCAGUGACCACUAUUAGCUACAGCAACUCAGUCGUUAAGUGAAACUUGCUGGAUGAAGCUGCACAAUGCUUAUGAUUUUAUUUCAACUUUCCUUUUAUUUACAGACCCGAGAAAGUCAUAAAUGUGAGAAUUGGCUGUACAGUUACUUUUUAUCACCAUCAUAAAUGUGAAGCAGAAACUAAAUGAAGCAGUCCUUAACAUGGACUACCUGUAACAUCUUUAUACUAAUGCGUUUUGUAAUAAAGCUUUUGUUAACUGAUCAAAGCCAGCCAUGUAUCUAUUUUU